AUGGUCACGAAGAAGUUUUCAUAUUUUCUAUUACCUUUAUUGAUGGUGUUUGCUUUCAUCCUUCCAUCAAUAAUUUCAGUUGAAGUGAUACCAUGUAUAGAAGAAAUAAGAUGUUCAAACGAUAAGACAUGCAACGAAGUUUGCAUAACUAAAGGAUUCAGAUUUGGAGGUUACUGUCAAAAAUAUGUUGGCAAAAAGACUGGUUAUUGUUGUUGUCAUCCUAAUUAG